AUCAAAAUCUAAACUGUCCCCUGCUCGUCAUUAUAUUGAUAAUCUUUUGAAUGAUAUUGGUGUACUUUCUGAAUUCAAUCGAGGAAUAGCAAAUAAUGAUGCUGCAAAAGCAUUUAAUGAACUUGAAUCAGGAAGAGAAUCAUUCGAACGACUUUGUAAUGAUGAGAAAUCUAUCACCUUGAAAGCUAAUAAAUGCGUUGAUGAUACAUGUGACUCUAUUAUGUUAUUUACCAAAAAACAGUUAGAAAAUUCAAUUUCUAAUAUUGAUUCUUCUGCUUCUGAUAUCGAAUAUCGUGGCUUAAUGUACGUGUGGACGUAUGCCAAUGAUGUUCGUGACGCUAUGCUUGAAGAAAUUUCUAAAGGAGUCUAUUCAUCUGAACAAAAUGCGAAAGAGGCAACUAUUAAUUGUAUUCAUAAAAUUCAAUCUAUGACAGAAAAUUUAGGCGGUGAACCUU